UACAGUGCUCACUUCCAUUCUUACUUUGCCCUUCUUUUAGAUCUGGUAUACUGUACCUCCCUGUAAAAAAAAGGGAAAGAAAAAAAAGGAUCCCCUCCCCUUCCCUCGACACAAACGCUUCCCUAAUCCUUGCUAGUUGGUUCCUGCUACAUUUCACUCCCAAGCCGAGUCAUUAAACACAAGAUCCCGUCUUAUCGUUUCACACCGUCUCUACCUAUUAAGCCAUCCCACUGACAGCCCGUCUUCCUGUCAAUUCAGCAAUCAAACAUGACCAGCGGACAGGCCCAGCCCCCGUCCCAGUUCCUGCCGGAAGGAAUUCUUGUUGACCACAACCGCCGACCUGUGUCGCAGUCUCAGACCAAUAUACAUCCCAUUGAUGAAUUACAUAGCUCAGAAUCGCAUCCCUUUUUAACCGCAGCCGACGCACUGAAUCGACACCAUGUACACGCGAACCGUUUAGCACAACUUUAUGACGGCGAUUCCAACAACUCAAACCCUAAAUACUUAUGCGAAGAACCAACGAACUUGACGCUACCGAACUCCGAAGGUCAGAUUCAAUUUCAAUCACAUACCACCGCACCGUCUCCGCCCUUACCUCAACACCCGCCCUCCGAUCCCCUUUCCUCUUCUGACGAGCCUUCCGAUUCCCCCUCUCCACUGAGCAGGGGUAGCAAUCCUCUACAAAUCGCGACGGAUGUCCCGCCUGCUCUACCGUCGCGAUCCGACAGCCUCAAUAGCAACACUAGUAGUUUUCCGACCUAUCGCUCGAGCGUGAACUUGUCGCGCAAAACAUCAUCUCCAAGCCUCAGACCUGUCUCGAGGACCCCUAGCUUCAAGCAGCAUUACUCUAGAAGCAUCGGGUCCGCGACCAGCUCGAACUACCCAAGUCCCGUCAUAUCUGCUAUGGGCGAUGUGACGCCGCUACCAUCACCAUUAUUAGGUGGCGAAUCUCCAGGCCCUUGGAAGCGACUCGGUUCCCGCCGCCCAUCGCAGGCGCGUGAAAUAAUACCUCCGGCCAUGCCAGAUUCAGUUAUCAUUGCUGCAUCUGGUGAAUCCGUGGCGUCGGCGCUAGCGCACCAAUCCAAAAGAAGAGUGUAUGCGGGUCUCAAUAUUGGUCACGCAGCUGAAGUUAGUAGUGGCAAGGUCGAACAUACUCGCAAUAGGAGUAUUAGCGAAUACAUUCCAGAUCCUAAAGGGAUACCUAAGAGACAGAAUACGGUAGCUGGAAAGGUUAAUAAGAAGGAAGUGGAUAGUGCCUCUGAUCCUCACCUACGCCGGGAACCACACCUGUCAGAAGCCCGAGGAAUAACACCCGUCGCAAAACCACCGACGCCCCCACCUAGCGAGUCCUCCCAGAGUAGUGAUAGUCUUGCCUCCAAGAGAUCACGUUACGAAUAUUUCGAGGCUCGUGGCCGAUAUGAUCAAAGGCUUCGCCGAUGGCGUGCUGUCAAAGAGCUGGGCCAGGGAACAUUCAGCCGCGUGAUGUUGGCGACGAGUCAAAUUGAGGCCGACGAUGAAUCUAAUGGGCCGAAAACUAACGGAUCAAAUGGGUUAUUAUCGCCAAGCGCAGGUGCCCAGCCCGAUCGCAAGACUUUGGUGGCUGUCAAAGUAUGCGAACAUGGGCCCCGUGGUGGGGCAUCGGAAGAACGUAUCGAGAUGAGCCUCAAGCGAGAAUUGGAUAUCAUGCGGUCAAUAAGUCAUCCAUCCCUGGUCCACCUGAAAGCUUGGAAUAUAGAACCCACGAGAGCACUAUUGGUUUUAAGCUAUUGCCCAGGCGGUGAUCUCUUCGAUGUUGCUACAACCCACCGAGAGGCCUUAACGCCGCUACUUUUGAGGAGGAUUUUUGCCGAGUUAGUUGGUGCAGUCAAAUAUCUCCAUGAACGCCGAAUCGUUCAUCGGGAUAUCAAGCUCGAGAGUAUGUUUUCUACCCCUUAGAUUUACCAAUUGGAGGGUGUCAAACACCGAACGCUGAAUGAUCAUGCGCUAACGCGACGAUAGAUGUGCUGGUUAAUAUCCCACCA